UGUCAACAGUUACGACUAGCUGGAGUGUCUCUGCAUUUCUGCACUCAGCUCAGGGCGAAUACACACACAAUUGAAGUUGCAAAGAUGUGGAAGAGAGAGAAAAUGUGGAUGAUCAAGCCACCUUCUGAGCACCCAAAGGAGUCAAAAUACAAGCCAGUGCUUGAGAGUUUGCUCCCUCGUGACCCCAUGAGCAGGUUCAAUCUGAAGAGGGGAUCCCCUAAAGAUGAGUUCCCAAACCUGGACAGGAACUACACGCUCAUGGGCCGAAUCCUCAACCUGCACAUGUACACUCGUCAGUUCAAUCGGGCCACAGAGAGCGGGGUCAUUUUUGACGACAUCAUACGCCCUGGCCUUGAGGAUCCUGGGCAGCCCACUGGACCAAAAGGAGUGGGGUGUUUAGCAGGAGAUGCUCAGUCCUACAUCCUCUUCUGUGACUUUUUUGAUCAGAUUAUUGAGGGGUACCAUGGCUACAAGAUCACCAGUAACACUGUUCAAGAGAGCGACUUCAAUUAUGACAACUUGAAGGGAGGUGAUGACUUCGACCGGUCAUAUGUUUUGAGUUGUGAGGUGACUGCAGGCCGCAGCAUUGAGGAUUACUGCUUCCCUACACACUGCAGCAGAGGAGAGCGCAGACAGCUCCACACACUGGCCAAAACCGUUCUGGGUGAACUGGGUGAGGAUCUUCCAGGAAUGUUUUACUCCAUCGAUGAGCUCAGUCAUGAGAGUGAAGAUCGCAGUGUUGUUAUGGAUUCUCCACCAUUAUCUCUCAUAAAGAUUGGUGUGGCUCGGGACUGGCCUGAUGCUAGGGCCCUAUGGUUGAGUAAGGAUGGAACCCUGGCCAUCUGGGUGAACAUGGAGGACCACCUAAAACUGGUGUCUUGCAGAAGUGAUGCUAACCUACAAGAGGCAUUUAAAACUAUCUGUAUCAACCUGCUAAAGAUGGAGGUUCUGUAUAAGAAACUAAGGCAUCCGUUUAUCUGGAAGCCUCACCUGGGCUGGGUGGUCAGCUCACCGGCUGAAGUGGGCACAGGUCUAAAGGCCAGCGUCACAGUCAAACUGCUACACCUCGCAGAGAACAAACGCCUGGAUUCUAUACUGGACAGACUACGACUUCAAAUUGAAGCAACUAGCUGCCUGGGUGUUUACAAAAUCAGCAACUUGCAGACCAUUGGUUUUGAUGAAGUCGGGCUGAUGCAGAUAGUAGUGGAUGGGGUGAAACUUCUCAUUCGUAUGGAAAAGAGGCUGAAAAACAACGGCGGCAUUGAUGACCUGGUGCCUGCUCAGAAAUAA